AUGAUUGGCAGUCAGAGCACAGCCAGUGGCCAUCCAGAAGCGGAUCAGGACCACAAAGGAAGAGCCAAUCCGCAGAGAGGGCAGGCGCUGAGCGUGAAAGUUCUGCUGAUGCUGAGGGUGCUCUGUACAGCAGGCAACGUCAUCGCGGCCGUUCCAGUGUUCAUUGAUAUAUUUCGAAGGGCGGACAAGAAUGAUGAUGGAAAAUUAUCCUUCGAUGAGUUUAAGGCCUACUUUGCCGAUGGCGUCCUGAGCACUGAUGAAUUACGGGAGCUGUUUCACAAGAUCGAUAAACACCAUACUGAUAACUUGGACACGGAAGAAUUGUGUGAGUAUUUUUCUGAGCACAUGGGAGAGUAUGAAAGCGUCCUAUCUGCUUUGGAUCAGCUCAAUAUCUCGAUUCUCAAGGCCAUGGACAAAACCAAAAAGGAAUACCAGAGCUCCUCGAUGCUCGAGCAGUUUGUGACCCGCUUUUUGCUACGAGAGACCAUGGAACAGCUGCAGUCUCUCCAGAGCUCCCUGGAGUGCGCAAUGGAUACCAUUGAGGAGCAGACGAGUCGAGAGAGACAGGAAGUGGAACUGCCUGAUGUCCCAUUGGUCCAUCGACCUGUGAGGCGAUACGGACGCAGAGGGCAGAAGACUAUAUGCCUAUCUCCCAGCGACCCCUACUCAGGGAUCCUUCACUCAGGUGUUUGUGUGGAGCCAGCGAGCCAGUGGGUGACCCAGGUCAACAGACUGCAGCAGCUGAUUGACAGGUUGGAGUGCAAGACUCCAAGGCUGGAGCCCUUAAAGGAAGAGGUGAUUGAGGAAGCAACAAAAACUCACAUUCUGGUGGUACAACGACAGAUGUCAGUGUUGGAGGAGGAGGUGGAGGAGUUCCGCCAAGCUUUGGAACGCUACGUGGAGUCCACGGCCAAUCAGAAUGGGAGCUUGCACAUUUCCGUUCAAAAGUUGGGGAAUGAGAGCUGCUUCCUGGUCUAUGAACUCUGGCAGGACAGGACUUCAUGGAGGAGUCACUUGCAAGCGAAUCACAGCAAGACCUUCCAGAGGAACAAUGUGGACUUCCUGGAGACCCCAGAGCUCAUGACAACCAUGUUACUCCCUGCCUCUUGGUGGAUCAUAAGCAAGAACAACAACAACUGAGCCCUUUGCAUCUGAAAGCAACAUCACUCUUGAGGACCUUCUCAGCAGAGCAUCCCCUGCGAGAAUGUCUGAUGUUGCCUCUGGAACCGAACACGUCAUUCAAACCACUGCCAAAAUGAUUUCUUUAGAAAAAGCUGCACUCUCAAUGACAAAUAGCUACUGUGUAAUUUGAUUGCUAAAAUUAUUUAUUGUGAAAUGCAGAUGGGAUGCAGUUGAUCUGUGACCCCAGUGUGACUAAAGAUAAGUUAUGAUUUGCCUGUAUGCAGUAAUCCACAUCUCCGCUGAUUCCCUUCCACACAGCACAGCACUAAUUUGCUUUGUAACGUAAUGAAAAUGAAGUGAAGUCAACAUGUAUAUUUAAUGAGCCAACUGUUGUCUAAUUCUCAAGAAGAGUUUGCAAAGCGAUGGUGACAGAGUGGGGCAGUGGGAUUAAUUGGAGAGCUGGGCCAGAUAUGUUGGCCAAAUGGUUCCCUUCCAUGCUUUAUGCUGUCACAAUAUAUGCUAUUUUUGUACAAUUGUUGAAGAAAGGUCUCUCUAUAGUUAUGUGCACCAAAACCGAGAAAUUGAUUCGACUAAGACCUGUUUCUCAAGUAUAAAUGUGAUUUAACCUGGGUUAGAUAGCACAAGCAAUCAUUUCCAGGUGAAAUAAAAUCAAAUAAUUGCAGAUGCUGGUUACCUGAAAUGAAACAGAGAAUACUAGAAGCAUGCAGCAGGUCAGGCAGCAUCUGUGAAGAGAGAAACCACUUUCCAGGUUCUGAGAAAGGAUCCUGGACCUUUCAUCUGAUGAAGGGUCUGGCACCAGUUAUGUUAAUUCUGUUUCUCUUUCCACAGACGCUGCCUGACCUGCUGAGUUUUCCCAACAUUUCCUGUUUUUAUUUCCAGUGAAGUCCUGCCCAUUAGUAAAUUGGCCAGGCAUUUCCUGCUGCAAUUCCCUUUAGUGCAAAUGAUAAUUUUCCAGUGUUGGUCACAUACCUAAUGAAAUUCCAAAUCACGCACCACAUGUUUCCUCUCUUACCAACAUAAAUUGGAUCUUUCAGGUGCAACCUACAAUCUUUGUUAAACACUCACAAAAAAACUAGGAGCUCAUUGUACUGAGAUCUGCAAUAAGACGUCCAUUAAAAGGUCUCCAUUCUGACGUCAGUGCCUCACACGUAGCGUCUGACAUGGAGACGCACGAGACUGUAUUCACUGGAAUCUGGAGCAACAAACAAUCUGCUGGAGGAACUCAGUGGGACAAGCAGCAUCUGCGGGAGGAAAGGAAUUGUCGACGUUUCGGGUCGAAACCCUGCCUCAGUGGUCUACACUGGUGAAGCCGAACACAAGUUGAAUGAUCGCUUUGCAGGCAACACCAUUGAGUCUGGAAGGGUGACUCUGAACUUCCAGUUGGCUAUCACUUCACUCUUCCAUCCCCACUCACUCUGACCUAUGUCUUCACUCCCACACUGUUCCAGCAAAGGUUAGUAUCAACUGGUCAGCAACUCACCUUCCAACUGGGCACAUUACAGCCUUCAGGGCUCAACACUGAACUCAAUGAUUUCAGAUAAUCAGCCCCUCCAGUCUCACAUUUCCAGCAUUUUUUUUAGUUCUUCUGGUAUUUCAGAUUUGAUUCACCUCUUCCUAUUUACGUCUCACCAGUUACACCCUUUGUUAUUAACCAGCCUUCAUCAUCCCCCUUCAGCCAGCACCUUCUCCCCAUUCAGUCACCCCUGGUUCCCACACGUUUACCAACUUUCCCUUUUAAUCUCUCCGUCCCUCUCUCUGCAUCUUAAAACUUUGUUUUACCUCACAUAUUUCCCGGUUCUGCUGAAAGGUUUACUCCGUUUCUCACUCCACGGAAGCUGUCUGGUCCACUGAGCAUUUCCAGCAUUUUCUGCUUUUAUCUCAGACUUCCAACAUCUGCAGUAUUUUGCUUCUGGAUAGCUGUAGAGGUUUGAGUGCUCAGUUAGGAAACAGUAUGUUGCACAGGGGAGAUCCAAGCCAGAGAACUGGUUGGAACUAUACAGUUAUUUUGUUCUUAUUCCCUAGUUGAAGAUAAUCCAUGGACUGGCAGAAGUUCUGUGAGUCUAACAGUCAAGGCUCAGUGGUUUACAACCCCUCCUUCUGAUUAGGCACAUUACGGCCUUCCAGACUCUACACUGAAUGUAAGCUGUUCUUGGUACUCUGAUGCAUGUUUUCUCCUCAAGAGGAAGUAUUGCUGUAUCCUAACGCACAGUGAAGUCCCAUUCACCCUUUCCUUUUUGGAGUGUUCCUGUUCUAAACCUUCCCAGCACCAGCAUUAGCAUCAAGUAUAGACCAGCAUUGCAGGCUAUGGUUUAGGCAGUGAGAUUUGCUAUGUGUUUUUAUUCAUUUACCAGAAUGUGGACUCUACUGGCAAAGCCAUGUCCACUGUCCAUGCCUAAAUGCCCCUGAAUUGAGGAGGCUAUCAAGAUUCAAGACUGGGAUUGGAGUCACAUAAGAGCUAGGUGGCAAUUUCCCUCCCUGAAUGAUGUUAGUGAGUUUAAUCCCUGCCAUUAAUGGGACUUGCAUUUUAACUUAUUUGAUUCAUUCAAUUAUGCAAAUUUAAAUUCCCCUGUUGCAAUGGAUUGGAACUUAUAUCUCUGAAUGCUAGCCCAGCAACAUAACCACUGGGCUACCAUACCCCACUGGAUAUAGAUUUUCUGAUGUUGAGCUUCUGGUGCUACCUUUUUGAAGGUGGCUCAGUAAUUUUGACCAUCGACUCAGUCAGCACGUGUCAUCAGUAAGUGUCAUCAGUUGGGCAAACCUCUGAAGCAAGAGAAUGAAAUCAAAAAAGGCCACGGCAGGAAGCUUGUGAGCAGAGGUAGAAGUUUAGAUCAGUGCAAAAGAACUGAACACCGAUGCAUGGAUGAUGGAACAUUCUUAAGGGAUAUUUUGCCAGAGACUU